GAUAUACUUCAAUGAAACACCGACGGUAAGAAGCAGCACAUUACGCAAACGGUAUUUCGGCUUUUAGCUCAAUUGUUUACUAAAAAUGUCGCUCCUCAGCGCAAUAUCCAGGUUGAGUCUGCAGAGCAGCAGUCUUGCCGCACGUUGCCUUCACACAACGCCCGUACUGUGCGCUGAACCGUUAAAGAAAAAGAAAAAACUUGACCCGCAGAUAAUAAAACAGAGAGAGGACCGCAAGAAAAAGAAAAUCGAAAAGCAAAUACGUAGGCUUGAAAGGAAUGCGCGUCAACUUAAGCCGGUGGAAGAACUGGAGGUGCCUUUAGAUUUAAUUGACGACAAGGCGAAACGGGAACGAAAGCUUACACCUUUGGGCAUCGCGGAGCUAGAACAGCGUGCACUUCUUAAGAAACAAUGGGCGCACUACAAGCACGAUGAGAAGGUGGCAGAUUUCCAAAUCAUUGACCGCUUGCUGCAGUCUCAAAACAAAACGCUAGAGGAACUACGUCGUGAGUCCGAGGAGCUUUACCAAGCUGCUAUAGAAAUAGACACGAAACUGUUGCCGGUCGCUGUGAAAGGGCCUGUCGCAACGCCUCCUAUCAAAAACUAUGUAAGCCCCGAUGGCGACUACAUACACCAGUCCAUGAAGUGGGAAUAAACGGGAUUUUUGUCUAAUUAGGGAAAAAAAAA